UGUGUCACGUGACCUAUAUCCCGGCUGUGAUUGGCAGAGGCGGUGAUCACACUGAAAGUAGAGCAGAGGUAGCGACGACUCUGGUUUGUGUCUGCUGCAGCUCAUCAGGAAAAUGCUUCUCAGUAAGGUCUUCAGAGCUGGUCUACAGUCUGGGAUCCGUCUGCAGAGUUCCAGCGCUGCUACAGCCAAAGCAGCAGCAGCCUCCAGCAGCAAUGCAGGAUCUCUUGGGUUUUCUUUUGAGCUGACGGAUCAGCAGAAAGAGUUCCAGCAGCUGGCCAGAAAGUUUGCACGUGAGGAGAUGAUCCCUGUUGCAGCUGCUUAUGACAGAAGCGGUGAAUAUCCAUUCCCUAUCAUCAAGAAAGCUUGGGAGCUUGGACUCAUCAAUGGUCACAUUCCACAGGAAUACGGUGGAAUGGGCUUAUCCAUCUUUGACAGCUGCCUCAUCACAGAGGAGCUGGCUUACGCCUGCACAGGGAUGCAGACUGCUAUGGAGGCCAAUUCUCUGGGACAAAUGCCCGUCAUUAUUGCUGGCAAUGACGCACAAAAAAAGAAAUAUCUUGGGAGGAUGACGGAGGAGCCUCUAAUGUGUGCGUACUGCGUCACGGAGCCUGGAGCGGGCUCUGAUGUGGCUAACAUCAAGACCCGAGCUGUGAGGGUGGGUGACGACUACGUCGUUAACGGCCAAAAGAUGUGGAUCACCAAUGGAGGGAAAGCCAACUGGUACUUCCUCCUGGCCCGCACAAACCUAGAUCCCAAAUGUCCAGCAGGUAAAGCUUUUACUGGUUUCAUCGUAGAUGCAGACACUCCAGGAAUUCAAGUUGGAAGGAAGGAGAUGAACAUGGGCCAGAGGUGCUCUGACACCAGAGGCAUCACCUUUGAGGAUGUGAGGAUCCCAAAGGAGAACGUUCUGAUCACAGAAGGAGCUGGCUUCAAAAUCGCCAUGGGGGCCUUUGACAACACCCGGCCACCAGUGGCAGCAGGAGCAACGGGCCUGGCUCAGAGGGCUCUGGAUGAAGCCACCAACUACGCUCUGGAGAGGAAGACCUUUGGCAAAGCUAUUGCUGAGCAUCAGGCUGUGUCGUUUAUCCUGGCUGAGAUGGCCAUGAAGGUGGAACUGGCCAGGAUGGCUUACCAGCGCUCCGCGUGGGAGGUGGACCAGGGCCGCCGAAACACGUACUACGCCUCCAUCGCCAAGGCCUUUGCCGGAGACAUCGCCAACCAGGUGGCCACGGAUGCCGUCCAAGUUUUUGGAGGCAACGGCUUCAACAGUGAAUACCCAGUGGAGAAGCUGAUGAGGGAUGCAAAGAUCUACCAGAUCUAUGAAGGCACGGCUCAGAUCCAAAGGCUGAUCAUUUCCAGAGAGCACUUUGGAAAAUAUAAGAAAUGAGCCCACAGGUCCAUGUGCUCCUCUCUGCUUUUCUGUGCACAAUCUUACUGUUCAGACUGUAAACGUCAGGACGCAGCUCAGUGGUUUGCCUUGACGUCGAUUCAUGCGUUGUUUGGUCAACGUAACACAGCUCUUGAAUCCACGCUAACUUAGUUUCUGUCCUGUAAGGAUUUUGUCUUUUCCCGUCCAGUAGAUCUCAGCAGGUCGCAGUCCCUGCAGAGGAACAGAAAAGUGUUCCUGUCAAUCACAGAAGGAAAAACCUGCUUCAAAGAUUGUUUGCAUGUCGAAUCCCACACUAAGCUAAGAGAGCUAAAAGUAUCAAAGUUUGCAGUGAACAUCUGUUGUGUAGAUUUUAAACGAGGCAUUACUUCAGACUGUAUCUUUUCAUCUUUACUGCAGUAAAAUCUCGAAUAACUAACCCUGUUUUCCCUCAUUCUGGACUCAUUUUAAAUGUUGAUUUUGUAAAAUAACCGUUAAGGUGAAUCCUGCUUUCACUAGAAUGUGUAGAGAGCUGCUCAUCUCUUCCAGCUGGUGCCUAAAAAGAUUUUCUGCUCGAUUUUAUUAUUAAUGCCAAGAAAUGUUGAGCUGAAAAGCAACAUUUUUGUACUUCUGUACUGCAGAUUUUAAGGCUGGAAGUGUUGGAGGAAGUGCGGCAUGUUGGCUCUCUGUAAAGCAAUUUAUUAUCAUUCAGUUUGUGCCUCUUUUUAUUUAAAUUUUUUCAUCCAUUCGUCAACACAAUGGUUUAAAUAAGAACAAUGAAUUAAAGAAAUGAAACUGUU